AUUGAUUGAAAUGAACUAACACUAAUUCUCCGCCAACUAACUUUCUUCUUCUCCCUCACCUCUAUCGCUUCCUCUCUGUCCAUCUCCCUCUCAUCUCAAUCCAAUCCUCUUUCUAUCUCCCCUUCUCUCCCUCCUCCUCACAUAUUUUCUCAAAUUUCCAAAUCCGAGCCACACCAUCAUCCACGUCUCAGAGCAAUCUCAUCGCCGACGGAUUGCAGCGAGUUUUAUACAGAGAAGAGUCUCAGUUUCUCCUAUUUAAGACAUCCUAAGCUUCCACAAGGCCUAAGGAGUUACAAGAAAUAGCCAAGAUGGACAGUGCAGAGUCUAGCUCUCCUGUGAGGUCCAAUGGGGAUGGUGAAAUGAACAUCUUUGUGCAGUCAGAAUAUCAUGGAAAUUUUGUGCUUGAGGUGGAAAAUUCUAACACCAUCGAGGAUGUGUUCAUCACUGUUCUUCCUAUUUGGCGGUUAAAGGCAAUACCGGAGCCUAAACUUUAUUUCAAUGGCCAACGACUGGAGAGGGAGAAAUCUCUGGCAGACUACGGUAUCGACGAUGGGUCCAUCCUUCACCUUGAGUGCACAGACUGGACAUUCCGUGUUGCAAAUAUGAGAGAGUGGCCAAACAAAAUUUUGGGAAGAAAAGAGAUUAUAAUAACAGAUCGGCCUUUAGCAAUAUGGGAAAGGGAGCAUGACAAAGUACUGCUUGGUUUGUUGGUAGAGAAAAUUCGAAGCGGAGGGAGAAAAAUACUAGACUUUGAAAAUGAUUCUUGGCGUGACGUAGUAACCAAGUUUAAUGAAGCAACAGGUUUAAAAUAUGAAGAUAAAUAUUUGCAUGAGCGAUUCAGUUUUUACAAAUAUGAAUAUAGAAUAGUGAACAACAUGAGGCAUCAUCCAGAGUUUAGCUGGGAUCAUCAACGUCAAGUAAUAAUUGCCACAGAUGCUGAAUGGAAUGAAUAUAUUAAGGAAAAUCCCACCGCGAAGCGCUAUCGAAGGAGAGCAGUACCGUAUUUUGAUUUACUAGAAAUUGUGUUUGCCGAGAAAGAAGAAUAAAAAAUUGUGAUUUCCAAUGAAUGACUCUCUUGAAAUAAAAAUAAUGUUGUAAUCUAUUCACUCUCCACCUAUGAGAUCUCAUCAUUUUCUCUCUUGUCUGAGAAAGACAUUGUUAUGUUGUAUUUUGCACGUGCCACUCAUCUGUUUAAAUGUGUUGUGUUAACAUCUACUAUUAGAUUGUAGUGUAAGCUUAUAAUUCAUGCUUCUGCAAUGAUUCCAUAAUUAA